AUGGCAAUGUCAAGAUGCGGAUUUGGCGCAUGGAUUUACGAUAUGGCAAAAAACUAUUCACUUUCACAUUUUACUGGAAUUGAUAUUAUAAGUUCAAAAAAAGAUGUAAUUCUUUCAAACGUCAAUUUUGUACAAGCUGAUAUUUUGGAGGGGCUGCAAUAUUCAGAUUGUUCUUUUGAUUAUAUUCACAUCAGAAGUUUAUUCCAUUAUGUUACGACAAAAGAUGCACGUAAUAUAUUAUUUCCAGACUUGCUACGACUUUUAAAGCCUGGUGGCUGGAUUGAAAAUGUAGAAUAUGAUACUGUUAUCAUGAAUUCUGGACCUAAUACCAAGUUCCUUAUGGAUACAUUGUUUAACUACUUUUUAAACCAUGGGAUUUAUCCUGAUGAAUUUUAUCAAAAUUUAUCGAAAUUAUUUAAAGAAAACAAUCUUGAAUAUCAAAUUGAAGAGAAAAUAGAAUAUUUUACUGACUCUGAAUUUGCGAUGAAGAAUUACAUAAACCUUUUUAGACUUUUAAAAUCCAUUAUUCUUGAAUACACAAGCAUUAGUCGCGAGAAGUAUGAUGAAAUUCUUGAUAAAGUUUGGGAUGAGCUCAUAGAAUAUAAAACUUCCUUUCGGAUGAUAAGAUUUUUUGGAAAAAAACUAUGA